AAGAACUCGUUAGCAAAACUAAUCAGUUUAUCUGUUGAAAUGACUUAUCAACAACAUGUUUAGUUCAAACAUGGCAACCAAAUACUCUUCCGGAGACGAGCCCACUGGCAGCCGUAAAGUGCUGCUGUGUAUGUUUUGAAAGAGGAGGUCAUCGGAAAGUGAGAUUUGCUGGGCCCUCGUGGGGUUUUAAGCGGCUUUCGGCAUUUGUGAUGCCGAGUAGCUAUACUCUAUAUUGAUAGUGUAAUAAAUGUCAAAUUUAAGUAAGAUGUUACGUUUGAUAGCAAGGUUGGGGCCGUCUGUCGGUUAUCGGCCCGGUGUCCUCUCAGCCUCCGGGCGCCUUCGGACUCCAUCUGUAUCCUGUCAUCCGAUGGGACUUCAAUCCCGUGGGUUGCAUCAAACUCGGACUUUAUGUCGUGGAAAUCAGUGGAAAUGCUAUGGUGCUACCAGCAGAUUAUCAAUACUGCCUCAGUUGCAGCAUGAAAGCAGUUUCCGACUCAGCAAACGUUUCUACAGUUUACCUCCACAUCAAAAGGUGGAACUACCAGCUCUUUCCCCUACUAUGCAGACAGGCACCAUUGCUCGAUGGGAGAAAAAGGAAGGGGAGAAAAUCAACGAAGGUGAACUGAUUGCUGAGGUUGAAACGGACAAGGCAACUGUGGGGUUUGAGAUCCUGGAGGAGUGUUACCUGGCCAAGAUCCUGGUGCCUGAGGGUACCAGAGACGUCCCCAUCGGUGCUGUCAUCUGCAUCACUGUGGACAGUGCUGAUGCCAUCCCUGCCUUCAAAGACUUCACCCUGGAAAAGUUGGCCGCCUUAGCCCCCUCCCCAGUGGGAGGCGCUCCUGCUCCCCCACCUCCUCCUGCCUCCUCCGCUGCACCUCCCCAGGCUCCAGGGAGCUCCUACCCUCCCCACAUGAAGGUGCCUCUUCCAGCUCUCUCCCCCACCAUGACCAUGGGGACAGUCCAGCGAUGGGAGAAGAAGGUUGGAGAGAAACUCAGCGAGGGAGACCUGCUGGCAGAGAUUGAGACAGACAAGGCUACUAUUGGUUUUGAAGUGCAAGAGGAGGGCUACUUGGCCAAGAUCAUGAUCCCAGAGGGGACCCGGGACGUGCCCCUGGGGACUCCGCUGUGUAUUAUCGUGGAGAACGAGAGCGACAUCCAGGCCUUUGCUGACUACGUGGAGACGCCAGCAGUAGCUGCAGCGCCUCCAUCCCCCGCGGCACCGGCCCCGGCUCCUCCAGUCCCCCCACCAGCCCCCUCACCUGCAGCCCCUGCCACCCCAGCUGCAGCCAGGGGAGAGCGGGUCUUCGCCAGCCCCCUGGCCAAGAAGCUGGCUGCCGACAAGGGCAUUGACCUCGCACAGGUUGCUGGUUCAGGACCAGAUGGCAGAGUCACCAAGAAGGACAUUGAGAGCUUUGUUCCAGCCAAAGCUGCUCCUCCUCCGCCUGCCGCCACUCCUGUAGCUCCGCCUGCAGCUACUGUGGCCCCGCCUCCUCCCCCGGCCGUGGCUGCUGUACCCACCGGCACCUUCACAGACAUCCCCAUCAGCAACAUCCGCAGGGUUAUUGCCCAGAGGUUGAUGCAGUCCAAGCAGACCAUCCCACACUACUACUUGUCAGUCGACGUUAACAUGGACCAAAUUUUGGAACUCCGGAAGGAACUUAAUACGGAACUGCAAUCUGAGAACAUGAAGCUGUCAGUGAAUGACUUCAUCAUCAAGGCCUCCGCUCUGGCCUGCCUGAAGGUUCCCGAGGCUAACUCCUCCUGGAUGGAUACGGUCAUUCGCCAGAACCACGUGGUGGAUGUCAGUGUAGCAGUAAGCACUCCAAACGGCCUGAUCACUCCCAUUGUCUUCAAUGCCCACAUUAAAGGCCUGGCGUCCAUCAGCAAAGACGUGGGUUCGCUGGCAGCUAAGGCCCGCGAGGGUAAACUGCAGCCUCAUGAGUUUCAGGGUGGAACGUUCACCAUUUCCAAUCUGGGGAUGUUUGGCAUCAAGAACUUCUCUGCCAUCAUCAACCCUCCCCAGGCCUGUAUCCUGGCUGUCGGGGGCUCAGAAAAGAGGCUUCUGCCAGCAGACAAUGAGAAGGGGUUUGAUGUGGCCAACGUGAUGUCUGUCACCCUGAGCUGUGACCACCGUGUGGUGGACGGUGCGGUGGGGGCCCAGUGGCUGGCAGAGUUCCGCAAACUCCUGGAGAGGCCGGCCACCAUGCUGCUGUAAACAGGGGACCACUCACACGUCACAUGUCACGCGUCACACGUGACGGGAACAACACCCCAGGACGCUAAGAAUUCAAAUAGAAUUCAAUUUGCACAUGUGCGUCACGCUUAUUAUUCCAGACAUACCAGCUGAGACUUCUUCUCUCACCUUUGUUUUUUUUUCUUUUUGGGUGACAAGUACAUUGAUUUCAUUUAACAUAUUUAUUCAACGUUUAUUUCUCAGAGCCAGAAACCUCAACAACAAGAGACAUGUUACAUGGGACAUAUCUUUUGGGAGAUAUUUUGAUUGCACCACAUGGUUAGGGUUAGGGGUGUUGAAACUGGUAUAGGAACAGUUUUUGCAUUUUUUAGAAAGACAUGGCAAGCCCUUCCUGUAGCUAUUUUUGCAUAACAGCUUUUCAGUGUAGUGUAGUCAGAUAUUUAAAACGUUUUAUAUUACUGUUUUGCUUACACCGUAACACAUACUGUACUUUGACAUCAAUAACUGUUCCUUAUUUCAUUCCUCAGUAAGGUUACAUACAUUUUGGGCACACAUGGGUAAUAUGAUGCUUUUACAUAAUGUAUUGAGAGACAUGGAAUGCUGUAGCCCCUAGCACUGGGCUUUGAGGGGGAAAGCACUAGGAAUUCUUUGAAAUGUGCAGUAUUUUAUCAUCCAUUUCAAUUUUUAAUCACGCCAGUUGGAGGACAAGUUGCCUUGCUCCUUCCUCUGUCAAACGUGUUACUUUGAUAUUUUAUAUCAUUUUAUUUUUAUGUUAACGCACAAUAAGCAGAACAGGGUGAAUUGUUGUCAAAUGCUCUUAAUAGGAUAUUAUAUGGUCAAAAGUAUAGUGUACAUAUUUUUAAUAUGAAAUGUAAAGUUUACUAAGAGGAAAGAAAAAUGCAAUAUUCCUGUCGCAAGACUUUUAGCGACCUUGUUGUAACAAUGGUUCCAAAGCAUUCCUCAGAAACAGAUGUGAGAGUGUUAAUAAAAUUGCACAUUGUCAGUA